AUGGGGAUCUUCACCGCGCUCCCGAACGACCUGAAGGAAGUUGAUGUUAUCAUUGCUGGAGGAGGCACGGCGGGAUGCGUCGUUGCUGGAAGGUUGGCGGAGGCCGACCCCAAGCUCGCCAUCCUGGUCAUCGAAGCCGGACCCGACAACUACAAUAGAACCGAUGUCGUUAACCCCUUGCUCUGGCUCUCGCAUAUCACUCACCCUGAGCGGAACACUCACCAUUACUACCCGGCAAGCAAAUCGGUGCAUCUCGGCGACCGCAUCCCCGUGGUAAGCACUGGGGGGCUUCUCGGCGGCGGGUCUUCCAUCAAUGCUUGCAUGUACACAAGAGCCCAGCGGUCUGAUUUCGACGCCUGGAAUACGCCAGGCUGGACUGCUGAUGAGUUGCUCCCGUUUCUGCGCAAGCUCGAGACAUAUCACGGCCCUACCGACGCACCGGCUACCCACGGCACUAGCGGCCCUGUUCAGGUCUCGUCGGGCACCUUUGUCAACAGUGCCGUCGAGGAGGAUUUUGUCGCUGCGGCAUCGGCAACCGGAUAUCCCGAGAUUGUCGACCUGCAGAACCUCAGCUCCAAUAACGGCUUCCAGCGGCGGUGGCAGCGGUGGAUCAACCAGUCUGGCAAACGCCAGGACGCGGCACAUGUAUACCUCCAUCCGCGUCUCCAGGACGGCAAGCAUCCGAAUUUGCACGUCCUCGUCCAGACCCGUGUGGUACGCGUGCUGUUCUCCGAGUCUGGGGAGGGGAAGAAGGCGAGUGGCGUGGAGGUGGUGCCGGACGCGACCUGGCAGGCGGACCAGACCGAUCGCGCUCCCAAGACUGUCACAGCCCGCAGGCUGGUCAUCCUCUCAGCGGGCUCUUUCGGAAGCCCGACGAUUCUCGAAAGGUCUGGCAUCGGCUCCCGCGAAGUGCUACAGCGUGCAGGCGUCGAGGUCGUAGCGGAGGUUCCAGGCGUCGGGGAGGGCAUGCAGGACCACGCCGCGGUAUUGACGCACUACAAGACCAACUUGGCCCCGGGCCAGACCUGCGAUGAGAUCUACAGCAAUCGAGUCUCUGUCGCAAGUGCGCUGGAGAGUGGCGAUAAGAGGCUUGGAUGGAACCUUGUCGACUUUUCCGGCAAGAUCCGGCCUACUGACGAGGAAGUGACUGCUCUCGGAGCAGACUACAAGGCAGCAUGGGACCGCGACUUCAAGGAUAAGCCCGAUCGGCCGCUCGCUCUCGCCAUCUUUGUCUCCGGCUUCUUCGGCGAUGUGACUGUCCAUCCGGUGGGACAAUAUGCCGGCGUCGUUCUCAGCCUAAUGUACCCCAACUCCAGAGGACACGUGCACAUCACCGGACCUAACGUCGAGGACCCGUUGGAUCAUCAAGUGCCUUUUCUCGGUGACACCGGAGACAUCGACCUCAAGUCGCACAUCUGGGGCUACAAGAAGACGCGUGAGAUCAUGCGCCGGACAAACAUGUAUGCCGGGGAGGUGCCUCUGUGCCACCCAGUGUUUCCAGAGGGAUCACGGGCUGGCCUCGCUGACGCCCCAAUCCAUGGCUCUGUCAAGGACGUGGAGUAUACUGCGGAGGACGACGUGGCCAUCGAGUCCUUCAUCCGGGACAGGGUUGCCACACUGUGGCACUCGCUCGGCACGGCAAGGAUGGCGCCGCGAGAGAAGAUGGGUGUCGUCGACGGGUCGCUGGAUGUCUACGGUGUGACGGGGCUCAAAGUCAUGGAUCUGAGCAUCGUUCCGAGCAAUGUCGGCGGAAACACAAACAGCACGGCUCUCUUGAUAGGCGAGAAGGGGGCAUCACUGGCUGCUGAGUAUCUAGGCUUGGGGUCAUUCAAGUGA